ACAACUUAGUGUAACAGAUUCUAAUGCAUUGAGUGAUGUGAGUAAUUGUGAUAGUUACGUCGUUGCAUUAAUGUUAGUAAAACUACUUUAUAUAUAUUAUUAAUUAAUAAAAGAUUUAAUUAAUGAUCGGCAGAAGAACGAAGAACGAAAGAACUAUUUGAAGAAGAAUCUCAGUCUAAAAUUUAUAAAAUGUCCAUUUUAGACGAGCGAGAGGAUUAUCUGAAGAAUCCAUACUUUGUGAAGCACGAAUAUGGUGAUUUUACUCCAUUUUAUGUCACUGUCACUAUCUGUUCCUUCAUAUUUGCAUUCCUAUGCAUUUUGAACAUUGGAUUUUGUUGGUGCUCCCGUCAUAGGAAUUAUUGGCAAAGUCCCCAUACAGGAAAUAGGUGGAUUCAACCAUUGUGGACUGUAUUACCUCAUAAAACACCACCUUUGGACUUAAGCGAGCUAGAACCAGGACGUCUUGUGACACAAGAUAAACAAGAAGUUUUACAAUAUCACAAUCCAAAACCAUAUGGAACCGUACCACAAACACAAGAAUAUAUGGAGAUGCAAAAACGUGAGAGUGAAAUUUAAUUAGACAUUAGUCUUGAUAUUAUGUGUAUACAAAAGUUUACAAGCUCUCAAGAAUAUUAGUAUCAAAUUAAGAACAUCACAAUUAUUUUACAAUCAUAUAAACUGAUCUACUGUAAUAGCCAAAGUUGGAAAGUAGCAAGUGUACAAAGGUAAAACACAAGGUACACAAGGUAAAACUAUACCUUAAAAAAAAUCAUUUAAGUAUAAAAUAUGGGACUGCAUAUUUUUUGGCCAGCAUCCACGUGUUUAACCCUUUUGGUUGUCUGUGUAAUAAUAAUUUUAUUAAGAUACGGUUCGCGUAUUUGUAAGCUACGGCAUGCACCGUUGCCGUCUGAUCGAGAAUGGGAAGAAAAGGCGUAUUCUCGAAAACUUUCAGUUUCUAUGGCGUAAAAUUAGAUAGAUAUCACCAUAUGUUUUCACAUCAUGUUACGGAUCUGUUUCGUAUUAGAAAAGAAUUUAGAUUAAAUUAGAAUCUAUUUUA